GCAGGCUGCAGUCUUUCUGGAUGACUGGCAGUGGGAGACUGAGGAGGGGAUGUAUGUAAGGUGUGUCUGGACAGCCUUGCUGUGGUGACUGGGAGGCAUAUUGGAAAGGGAAAGGAAUCGUGCGCAGUACAAGACAUGGAGGAGCGUGGGUCUCCCGAUGGGGACCCAGCACGGAACCUGGAGCAAGGGCCAGAAGGAUCAGAAACCCCUAUUCAAGUGGUGCUCAGGGUGCGUCCCAUGAGCACAGUGGAGCUGCGUAGAGGGGAGCAGAGUGCACUGCACUGCUCGGGGACCCGGACGCUGCAGGUGAGCCCUCCGGGUGGGGGCCCCGACGUGGCGUUCCGCUUCGGUGCCGUACUGGACGGGGCGCGCACACAGGAGGACGUGUUCAGAGCUUGCGGUGUGAAGCGCCUGGGCGAGCUGGCGCUGCGUGGUUUCUCCUGCACCGUCUUCACUUUUGGCCAGACUGGUUCCGGGAAAACCUACACUCUGACUGGACCUCCUCCGCAGGCGGAAGGGGUGCCCGUGCCCCCCAGCCUUGCUGGCAUUAUGCAGAGGACCUUCACCUGGCUAUUAGAUCGCAUGCAGCACCUGGAUUCUCCAGUCACCCUCCGAGCCUCCUACCUGGAGAUCUACAAUGAGCAGGUUCAGGACUUGCUGAGUCUGGGGUCUCCCCGGCCUCUGCCUGUUAGGUGGUCCAAGGCACGAGGCUUCUAUGUGGAACAGCUUCGGUUGGUGGAGUGUGGCAGUCUGGAAGCUUUGAUGGAACUAUUGCAGAUGGGUCUCAGCCGUCGCCGGAGCUCCUCCCAUACCUUGAACCAGGCCUCCAGCAGAAGCCAUGCCCUGCUCACACUCCACAUCAGCCGCCCAACUUCUCAGCAGGUACCUCCUGUGGACCUUGGGGAGCCCCCUGUUGGAGGAAAGCUGUGCUUCGUGGACCUUGCAGGCAGUGAGAAGGUGGCAGCCACGGGGUCCAGAGGGCAGCUGAUGCUUGAGGCCAAUAGCAUUAACCGCAGCCUAUUGGCACUGGGCCACUGCAUCUCCCUGCUGUUGGACCCACAGAGGAAGCAGAGCCACAUUCCCUUCCGGGACAGCAAGCUCACCAAAUUGCUGGCAGACUCACUUGGGGGCCGUGGGGUCACACUCAUGGUUGCCUGUGUAUCCCCUUCAGCACAGUGCCUUCCUGAGACCCUCAGCACUCUGCGAUACGCAAGCCGAGCUCAGCGGAUCACCACCCGGCCACAGGGUCCCAAGUCCCCUGCAGUAAAGCCACCCCAGCAAGUAGAGGCCGAGCUGCUACAGCUCCAAGAGGAGAAUCGUCGCCUGCGGCUCCAGUUGGAUCAAAUGCACACUAAGGCACCGAGAGUCCACGGAGCCCGGGUGGCCUGGGCCCAGCGGAACCUCUAUGGGAUGCUGCAGGAGUUCAUGCUGGAGAAUGAGAAGCUCAGGAAGGAAAUGAGACAGCUUCGGAGUAGCCGGGACCUGGCCCGGGCAGAGCAGCAUGUCCUGGCCCAGCAGAUCCAUGAACUGGAGAGGCGCCUCCUUUCGGCUUGCUCCCUUCCUCAGCAGACCUCUGCCACCGUGUGCCCCUGCAGGAUGACUCCAGCUGCCUCCUGCCAUGUACUGCCACCCCUCUGCUACUGCUAUCACCUCUGUCCUCUGUGCCGAGUGUCCUUGACCCACUGGGCCUGCCCACGGAGAGAGUGCCAUGCACCACAGGUGCUGGAGCCCGAGGCCCCAGGGCACAUAUCUCCGUCUGUGCGGCCCCCACCCUGGGCACCUACAACAAGCCCAGGCUCUGCCAAGCCCCCACGAGAGAGGAACCAUAGUGACUGGACACAGACACGAGUCCUGGCAGAGAUGCUGAUGGGAGAGGAAGUGGUACCCUCUGCACCACUCCUGCCUGCAGGGCCCUCAAACAUGCCACAAGUGCUAAGAGGAGGAUCUGGGAUCCCAAACCAGACCCCGAGACUGGAAACCCUCACACACCAGAUCAACAGCUCCUUGAACCCCAGCCAGAGACAACCACAGCCCAGCGAGGACACACAGAGCCCUGGCCAAGGCCUCUCUUCUUAUUAAAGAAUGACAGACUGGCUGUGCCCACUGGGCCUCCAUCUCUCUGUCUGUGAACUGGAAAGAAAAGUUGCUGGACAGAGCUGGGGAAUCCUAGGGAGAUGCAGGGCCCCUGACACCAGACCUGAGGCUGGGUUCACAAUCUGUCAGUGGGUGGGGAACUCUGAAUAAAGAGAGGCAUGAGCCCUAACCUA